AUGGUGUCAAAAGAUGACGAGUAUGAUUUUCUCUUUAAAAGUACGUACUUUCUUUGCAACUUUAUGAUUGCCUACUUGACAGUUGUGUUGAUAGGUGACUCCGGUGUGGGAAAGAGCAAUUUGCUCUCACGCUUUACACGUAACGAAUUUAAUUUGGAGAGUAAAACUACAAUCGGCGUGGAGUUCGCCACCAGGUUUAUCUCUCUUAUAUCGUGUUAUCUUUCAGGAGCAUAAACGUGGAUGGUAAGAUAAUUAAAGCCCAAAUAUGGGAUACUGCUGGCCAGGAGCGUUACCGCGCAAUUACUUCGGCGUAAGCAGUGGUUUUGUGCUCACGCGUAUUCGAUUGUUAAUUUUGUGUGGUCAUUUGGUUAUUGUUCACUGAUCCCUUAUUUGAUUAUUUGGUUGUGCGCCGUUUCUUGUGCUUCCACGAUGCUGUCUAUAUUCAUUCAAUUAUGUCGCUUUACAUACCUACGUACUUCGAUUCUGCUGAUGAAUUGAGCCCUAAGUCCGGGUAUGCUUCAUACCGAAGACCUCCAAUAAGGUUCGACAUUUAUGAAAAAAGUUAUAUGUUGCAACAGCGGUAAUCGAUAUACGCUUUAGUCUCAAGUUUCCCUUUGAUGAACGAGAACGAGGUGGUAAACACAUCUGACGGCGGAACCCCUGGUUAGUCGCUCCGGUCAUCUUGAUACUUCUACCACAUAAGUGGUGAGAGCAAGUUAAGAGUGUUUCUCGCGAGAAUCUAAUCCUCCAGCAACCUUCCCUCAAACUCUGAUUUUCACGUUAUUCCUAAGCAAGUUUCUUGUCGGUGACCGGUUUUUCAUCAGGAAGGUCAUUUGGAGUUUGUAGACUGUCCACCCCAUCUUUUCGUGUUUUAACUCGACUGAGUCCAUAUAUAUAUAUAUAUAUAUAUAUAUAUAUAUAUAUAUAUAUAAGAGAUGAUGUCGACAAAGACGAGGGAGACCGGAAUGGCCAUCUCCGGCCUAUUAGCCGUCAUCAGCCGGGACCUUUGGUCAUGGAGUUUGACACUCUACCAUUGAGCCACGUGCCCGUUGUCCUGUUGGUUGUUAACGCCCACUGUCAUAAUAUAUGUACAUAUAUAUCUUUCAGGCUAUUGUUCUUGAUUUCUUCCCCCACCCCCUGACCGACUCUUUUAUCGUAUUUUACCUCAUUAACUAUUGUACAUCAGCCAAACCGUCGAAACUUGGUUUGUUACAGAAGAUCUCUGUUGAAUCUUAUCUGUGCGUGAACUUCAGUCGUCAUAUUUUUCUUCUUUGCUCUCCGUCCCUGUAGAAGGUAGGGGACUCUUCUUUUCCAAACUGGACUUCAACUGUGUACUUUUUUUCUCGUUUUGCUUUUUUAGAUACUAUCGUGGCGCCGUCGGUGCCCUCCUGGUGUACGACAUUUCCCGGUAUCAGACCUAUGAGAAUGUCGAGGCUUGGCUGAGGGAGUUGCGCGACCAUGCGGAUAGCAAUAUUGUCACUAUGCUUGUAGGCAACAAGUGCGAUCUCCGUCACUUGCGUACGGUACCUACAAAUGAGGCCAAAGCGUUCGCUGAGAGCCACAAUCUCAAUUUCAUCGAGACCUCUGCUUUGGACUCUACCAAUGUUGAAGACACCUACACUACUCUCCUUGGACGUACGUAUUGCGGUUUUUGCACUAAAGUAUUUCACGUUGCAUCUGGGUAAUAACGAGCUCUGCCUGCUUAAGCCCCGCCAUAACCGUUCGUGGUUCAGAUGUCCGUGUUAUCUGGCCGUGGACUCCCCAAAUUUGUUUUGAGCUUUGUUACGCAACUUUCUGUCUACAUUCCUUAUUUCCUUCCGCCGAGUUUGCGUGACUCGUAUGACAACUCCUGUAGCUGUACCCUGCAGCGGCAUCUCAUACGUUUGUGGACUGAUUUGUCAAGAACUAUGUGUCAUCUAUAACGUCACCAUUUAGGCCAGUUUGAUGAGAUAGCGUGAUUUCCCCUGCUCACACCGUCGCUCUCGGGCUAGUCUUCUGCGCAAAGGCCGAACUGGCACAAGAACAUCGUCUUAAUCGUGUGUGUUCGAUGCUCAAGCACCGGAAAUAAUAUAUAGGGAAGCAGGCAUUUUGAUCGCUGAAAGUGACGCAUCAUUGCACCUGUCGGUGAACAAAACAUGAACUGCGAACUGGACGUCCUUUAGUGGCAAGAGUACACCGCUGUAUCCCGCGCCUCGAAAGAAUCGGGCAUGUGAUUACCAACUUAGCUUGCCUUAUCCAGAAAUCUCAUUCGAUAGUCUGUGUCGGAAGCUUGGCAGCCUCUACAACACGAGCCACUGCCACAUUUACUACUCUGGAGUAUAUUACACCACAUUUCCGCUACAUCGGAAGGCUGGAAAGCCUCAUAUGAUAUCACAUGCGUCCUCUACUGGAACGACUGGAAGGGAAAAGUAGAUGUCCUACUACCUUCAGGAUUUGAUAUUCCCUGCUUUUCUCAGUGGCAUAAGGACUGGAGCACGCGCCCUGAUAUUUAUACCCUAUCUUAUCUCACACAGGCUUCCAAGGUUUCCUCCCGAGUUUUAUUGCUUUGGCGGCGACAGACCAGUUUGGCUGUUGCUAACGUAAAAUAUGUAGUCCCUCUUCUUUGACGACGUGACGAUCAAUCCGUAAAUAGAGCACAAACUUCAACGUUUCGUAAUACAAACGUAACCAUGCAUGCAUAUGACAGUUCGACCAUCGAUUUCGAUGAUGUCCACCGCAUGCCCCACAGCAUUAUGGGAGCAGGGACGGUGACUUGCGCAGAGGUUUAUAGUGCCAGUAAAUUUGCGCUGCAUCCACCUACACUCUCUCCUCCUCCUCGCCCGCCUGAGCCCGGUGUCAAGACAGAGUCAAGAAGACCGGAGACGAGGGAGGCCGCAGGUGGAUGGCUCGGACGGAUCCUCACCUUGGCGUUCCACCACACCCCCUGGUCCACACAACAAAUAACCAGGAUUUUAACCAGCACAACAGAGAUUGGAGGUUGGCACGACCGAAGCCGCACCUGGGCGUGCCGCCAACGCCUGGCUCGGAUCCCACACUGUGAUGGGAGUGCCAUAAAGCCCACAUUAAAAAGGAGCCAUUGCAGCUUGACUCUCAGACCGCCCCCCGUCAAGGAGGAGGUCCAAGAUACCCCGUCAGUUGGCAACCUUCCAAGCCACGGCUUUUAGCGCACCGUGAUAGCUUCAAGCGCGUCAGAUUGUUUAUAGUGAGGAGAAAGUGCGCUGAGUCGUCGACCUCACUCUUCCUUCCCACUCCCACACCCCAGCCACUGUCCGAGCCGGUCAACAGACUGGAGUGGGGAAUGGGCGCGUUGGCUGUCAUGGUCGACUGACCAUGACUGCGCGCCACGGCACGACCUGGCCCCCAUACACACAACAUCAGGAUCUCACACAACGGGGGUUGAGCGGCUUGUCUCUCACUUGCGUGAGAGUGCCGUGGAAGGUGCUGUUUCAGCCCGUCCCGAGCCCACCAGUCCGCCACUCCACGCAACACACACACAACGCGACGAACUGCGUGAACCGAGAGCAGGCGUCUACCAGCAACCUUCCUAUCCACGACGCUUGACGUGUCGGGAUAGUUUCGGACUCAAGUCACCCGUGCAGCCGAGGCCGCAUGGGGACCGAGUCGAGUUGCACACUUCCCACUUGCGUGGGAGGUGGCAGUUGGGUGCAUGAGGUGUGUGAGUGUUGAUGUCUACUGGUGUGGUGGUGAUGGGUGAUGAUAGUCCUGUUGCCAAUGUAUCACGUUGAGGCUUCUGUUUUUUACCCGAUUUUCUUUAUUUACAAAGUCAGAAAACUGGACAUAAGCUAAAACCAUGUGGGUUCCGGAUACAGCGCGUCGUGCACAAGUCUAAAAUUUAAUAUGCAUCUCUCAUUAGACGCGGUUUGCUAGGGUUUACCAGUUUCGAUGACGCAACAAGGCCAAAUUCUCACCUUUGGUUUUCAUCGAUUAAUUACCCCCAUUUAAGUGAGCUUAAAUCGCCUUGCGUGACCUACUGUUGCACUGAUGAGAGCAGUUUUCCGAGUUCUUUGCUUGUCAUCUCUGCCUGCUCCCCGUGUUACCCGUACUUUUCACGAUCUCCCGCCUGCAGACCUCUGUUAGCGAAGUGCAGUCAACAGUUCUCCGCCAUCAAAACAGCGGAACGCAGAUUACUUCACCGGGUCCGCAUUUACGGUACUUAAACAGCGUCGAUAUUGCUUAUUGGACAAAAAGAUAGUUUGGAAGACGUUGACUAUUAUGUCUACUCAGUAUCACUAACUACCGAACCGUGUUGACGUCGUUUUUAAUGAACAGUGCAAAUUCUCUAAAGUCAGUCACCUGACUACGACGCAUCGCAAUCAACGCUGGCGUUCGAUAAGCAUUUAGUUCGCUCCAACCCUCAUUUUCUACGCUUACCUGCCCUCGAAUAUGAGGGCGUCUAAUUCAGGCAAAUCAUCGUUGUUUGCAUUGCCACGUUAUUAUGCUUUGAAAAUUCCAACGAACGCCGUCUAUCUUUGUUUGCUUACUUGCAGAAUCCGAGAGUGUUGAGUAGCGGCCGAACUUCUGUGAAAACCAAUCUAGUGUUCGCGUUGCAGAAGCGAGCUGCCACUUCCUCCUCGCCAUUAUCAACUGUAUUCUGGUGUAUAUCGCGUCACCUAAGGCCUAGAUGCUGCAUUCUUUCUCAUCUUCGGAGUUCGCUGUGAUCUAGCUCCGUGAUUUUCAGGAUAUAAAAAUCGGAAUCUGCUAUGCUACAUUCUGAUCUAUUCUGAUUUUUGCUGUAAACCGUGACCUAUCAAACUUAUGCCUUUGACGAAUUAGGCUAGUGAAGAGUACUGUGACAUUUUCCCACGCGCAAUGGCAUAAUAAAACUAUAGAUUUAGGAAACUCAUUUGUACUCCUGAGAUCAUCUAAUUUCACUGACGUCGGUGGUGCCCGCACCUUGCUGUCCUUCUUGGUGAGCUAGCAAAAUUCCAUAUCCACCGAACCUUUGCUCAUGCAUCCUCUCGACUCCUUGACAAACUUCCCUGCGGCACCGUAUCUUUGACUUUUUGUCCGAAUGUUCGUCUUUACCCUGGUAACAGACAAAAUCGGAUGUUAGUAGGCCUCUCAUGUUUUGCUAACCGUGGCGUGCACUGCGCGUAUCCAGAGUACUUUGGUUGCAUCCAUUUCCAUCGCUAAAUUGACAGAGGUUGGAAAGCGAAUGUGGAUCUCCAGUCGGCGCCGCAAGGCUUAUGCUUCCCGAUUGUCUUCGAGUUAUCUUUCUCGCGUUUGUAGCAAUCGGACUUGGUCACUCGCCGUCGCCUGUCGAAAAUGGUGUACUUAUGUUCUUCCAAAUAAUUUCGCUACCUAUUUUCACCUUUCUUUUGCGGCUUUUAAUUAUGUGGACUCACCAGUGCUGGUUUAUCUCACCAGGUCAUAUGGUAACAUCACUCCUGUCAUAUGCCGAUCGUCUACGCCGUGAGUGGCCGGCCGGUCUCAAUAUUAUUUAUCCUUCCUUGUCACUGCCACCAGCUUUUUCCUAUAAGCAGAAAUCUCGGUGUUUAUACUGUGCCAUCCGAAGUCGCACACCACAUCUGCAUUAUUUUCUGUCUCCAGCUGUGAUGGACCCCCGUUUUUUUCGGCGAACCUGAGGUCGAUAGGGCGAGGAAGUAUAGAUUGAUUUAGGGGUCACAACGCGGCAUUCGUGCUGUGUGCUUCACAGGCAACCAUGAAUACAGUCGGUUAGCCAUUGAUGUGUUCUUCACAGUUUUCUAUGACCACGCCAUUUUCCAGGACAUCUCAUGCCAAAUUUUUUACUAAGAAUUAAACUGAACAUCAAGCGCAAGCAAAUAUUCUGCCACUAAUUUCUUUUAGCACGUUAAGCCCGGCCGUCAGGCACGACCAACGUUACCCCCCUUGUUUCACCUUCACUGUUUAUGUCACUUAGCCGUCUAUCUUCCCCUUAUUUUCUCUUAACCGUUUACUUUUUACGGUCUUUCCCGACCGAGGGGGUAAUUACCUACUUCCAAAGAACUUUAAUCAUGACGGCAAAGGUCUAUUCAGUGUCAUUAGUGCUGCUUUUUUCAAUUAUUUUAUGCCAAGUUCCCCAGUUCUCAUCCUUCGACCAUCUAGUUAAGCCAUACGACACGAGCUUAUGUUUGUUUCUAGGAAUUCCAGCGAUAAACCACUAGAGUCCACCUCUAAGAUACCAGGCGCAGUAAGCUGCUUCCUCGUGAUUGUUCAUAACUCCUGCAUCCUGAUCCCAAAUAAUGAAUUUUCGCAGGUCGCAUUUAAGGCUUGGCCCUCUAACCCUCCUGGCGAAGGCGGCUGAGUCCACCACACAAUUCUAGCUCCAACUUCCUGUUUGAUUUUGCCGGAGGUCACAGUGGGCAGAUGAAUGUAGCACGUGCCUUCUUUGUAAUCGUUGGCUUUUUGUUGUUCACAGAAAUCGCUCGUCUGGUAAACUCAGGACCCUACCCCAACCAAGGGAACCGAGGACCCAACCUGGAUGGCCGACCAGUGAUCUCCAUCACCAGCCAGCAGAACCCUCCCGAGACCCGAAAAGCAUGCUGUUCGGGUUUUUGA